UGACUAUAUAUACUUACAGGUAGAUUUUGGGCGAGUGACGUUGAUGAAUUCUUACAAGGAACUGGUGCGAGAGUCCAGACCUGGCGAGGAGGUGGGCCUGGCCAUGGACCUGACUCGUAAGUCAGCCAGGCUCACGCUGGAUACCUUUACACGACUCAACGCUCUGCUCAAGGACAUCUCCUCAGGAAACUCCUGCAGGAUGCAGCUGCCAACUUUCCCACGGACACUCAACACUUGUGGAGAGAGUAAGGAGUGUGUAUACAGAUAUCCUCACCCGUUUGACACCUGCCAUCCAGGCGUCUGUUGACAGAUUGAGAAGUGUGUAUACAGAUGUCCUCACCCGUUUGACACCUGCCAUCCAGGCGUCUGUUGACAGGCUGAGGAGUAUGUAUACAGAUGCUAUUGCCGGUUUGACACCUCUCUUGCAGACGUCUAUUGACAGAGUGAGGAGUGUGUCUCGGGAUACCUUCGACCGCCUCUUUCCCAUCAUCCAGGCAUCAGCCGAGAGACUGAGAAUUGCUUACACUGAUACAGUCUCCCGUCUCCCGCCCGAGGUUCAAGCACCGAUAGAGAGACUAGUCAGUACCUUGAAGAAUGCCAUCCAGAGGAUUCCCCCUACCAUAGAGGUAUCAGUGAACAGUGUGAGUGGCAUGUAUGUAGCAGCCGUUGCACGCAUCACUCCCAUAAUACAAGAAACUCUCAAAACCACCGGGGAAAUUGCUAUGGAUCCAGUCACACGUUUGCCACCCGCCCUCCAGCAAUUACAGCUGAUCAUCGGAACUACGACUUCUGACGCUGUUGCACGACUAGGCCCCAUGAUCCAGGCGGGUUUCGACGCCUUCAGGAGGUCCCUCAAUGAGGAGAGGGCCAGAGAGAUAGCAGCGGUGAUUCUUGACUAUGGAAAGUAUGUGUUUGAGGAGGCCAGAUUGUGGAGCAAGGUGGCGCUAGUGCUGGUCCAACUCACCCCAACCAUCGCAUCAGGAUCUCCCAGACUACAAGGGUAUUUGCAGCAGAGUGGCUGAGGAGAGUCAUCACCUCACUAGAGGUGAGUACGAAGCCGCCACCUCAUCUCUACAGAAAAGGCUUCGUCCCUGUCAAAGUGACAAUGAUGGCUCACAGGGACGCACUCUAGCGCCUCAAAGAGGGCAGGAAAGAGCAGGUGGAGAGAGAAAAGAAUAGAGUGUUAACAUGAACCAGAAAAAAUGACAAGACAUGAAAGAGUACACAGAGGAAGAAAUAAUGAAAGGUGCACAAAAUAAGUAACAAUAAUAUAAGGAAUAAGAUAAAAAUACGGAGUGUAAGAGAGAGAGAGAAAUGAGAUAAAUAACCAAGCUUAAAUUACAC